GGCGGGGCCUCUCGGAGGCCCUUAGUGUCUCAGUAGGGGACUGCUGCCCAGGCCGCCAUGCCGCUGCGUGUGGCCGUGUUCGACCUAGACGGGGUGCUGGCCCUGCCCGGGGUGGCCGGCGCCCUCGGCCGCACCGAGGAGACCCUGGCGCUGCCCAGAGGCUUUCUGAAUGAAGCUUUCCAGAAAGGAGGCCCCAGUGGUCCCACUGCCCGCCUCAUGAGAGGAGAGAUCACAUUUUCCCAGUGGGUACCCCUCAUGGAAGAAAACUACAAGAAAUACUCCAAGGACUCUGGAAUUCACCUCCCUGAGAAUUUCUCUGUAAAUCAAAUCUUUGGCAAGGCAAUAUUGGCAAGAAAGAUCAACCACCCCAUGCUCCGAGCAGCUCUUGCUCUCAGAAAGAAGGGAUUUACAACCUGUGUCCUCACCAACAACUGGCUGGAUGACGGAGCUGAGAGACGCAGCCUGGCCCAGCUGAUGUGUGAGCUGAGGCCAAAGUUCGAUUUCCUGAUCGAGUCCUGUCGGAUUGGAAUGGCCAAGCCUGACCCUCAGAUCUACAAGUUUGUCCUGGACACCCUGAAGGCCAGCCCCAACGAGGUUGUAUUCUUAGAUGACAUCGGGGCUAAUCUGAAGCCAGCCCGGGACAUGGGAAUGGUCACCAUCCUCGUCCGUGACACUGACACAGCCCUGAGAGAACUGGAGAAAGUGACUGGGAUGCAGCUGGUCAGCACUGAGGCCCCUCUGCCCAUCCCUUGCGAUCCAAGUGACAUGAGCCACGGGUACGUGACAAUAAAGCCUGGAGUCCAUCUGCAUUUCGUGGAGCUGGGCUCUGGCCCUGCUGUGUGCCUCUGCCACGGAUUUCCUGAGAGCUGGUUCUCUUGGAGGUACCAGAUCCCUGCUCUGGCCCAGGCAGGUUACCGGGUUCUAGCUGUGGACAUGAAAGGCUACGGAGAGUCAUCUGCGCCUCCUGAAAUAGAAGAAUAUUGCAUGGAAGUGUUAUGUAAGGAGAUGGUAACCUUUCUGGAUAACUUGGGCCUGUCGCAGGCUGUGUUCAUCGGCCAUGACUGGGGAGGCAUGCUGGUGUGGAACAUGGCUCUCUUUUACCCGGAGAGAGUAAGGGCAGUGGCCAGUUUGAAUACUCCCUUCUUACCAGCAAAUCCCAAUAAGUCCUCCAUGGAGUUUAUCAAAGCCAACCCAGUUUUCGAUUACCAGCUCUACUUCCAAGAACCAGGAGUGGCUGAAGCUGAACUGGAACAGAACCUGAAUCGGACUUUCAAAACCUUCUUCAGAGCAACUGAUGAGACUAUUUUAUCCGUGCAAAACGUCUGUGAAAGGGGAGGACUCUUUGUGGGGAUGUCGGAAGAGCCCAGCUCUAGCAAGAUCAUCACCGAAGAGGACAUCCAGGUCUACAUUCAGCAGUUCAAGAAGUCCGGUUUCAGAGGUCCCCUAAACUGGUAUCGAAACAUAGAGAGGAACUGGCAGUGGGGCUGCACAGGCGUGGGACGCAAGAUCCUGAUCCCAGCCUUGAUGGUGACAGCAGAGAAGGACUUUGUGCUCCGUCCUCAGAUGUCCAAGCACAUGGAGGACUGGAUCCCCCACCUAAAAAGGGGACAUAUCAAGGACUGUGGGCACUGGACACAGAUAGAGAAGCCGGCUGAAUUGAAUCAGAUCCUCAUUGAGUGGCUGGAGACUGAUGCUCGGAACCCACCAGUGGUCUCCAAGAUUUAGUGAUGCCAUGUGCCCUCCCCAGGCAGGCGCUGCUCAUCCUCUGUCUGCAGGGACACAUUCUUCACAUCCAGAGAUGGCCCUACCCACAUCUCUUGUGACAGCAGCAUUGUUCUGAGAAGAUAUACGGAAACGACUGAUUUUCUUUAAAUGAUAGUGAAUCAAAUUUAAUUUUAGAUCCAGGAGAAAUCAGGUGUCAUUAAUCCUCCCAGUAUAAAUAUGUGGUCUCUUUCUCUCUAAGAACCAUCCGUAUCCUGUGGGGAACAUACUGGGGCAGCCAGCUGGUGAUUUGUCUUUGAGUGAAAAUCCAUAGUUUGGCAGCAAAAUCCGCGGUUGAUGUGGCCUCAUCUCAGUAGAGAUGAAGACGCUUUAUUCAUUAAAGCUACGACAACCGUG